AUGCCUACCCCCUCUCGAAAUCCGCCUCCCGACCUCCCUCCCCGAACACAUAGCUCCUCGUGCCCCGACCCAGAUGAAGUAUUACUUCGAUCCACCAGUAGUAGUUGGCGACCCGACCAAGAUGGACUAGAAAUGAAUGUUGACAGUCAAGAGUCAUCCUCAUCCCCCGAACCUGAUAGCGCACUCUCACCUGCCAUGGCCCAAGGCGCAACACAUUCGCGAUCAACCACUGAGUCACCUAGGCCCGAAUCGAGAAACAGCAAUGAACCUGCUCUCUCUUCUGAUCAAAGCGACGGUCUUUCUCAAACUGCAUACAAGCCGAUGGAUGCUGAUGACGACACCCUGGUCAGAAGCGACGUCGACGGACUAGCAGGAACGCGACCACGUGGCGGUUAUGAUGUCGCUUCCCUCGGCGCAGAUGGCGAGAAGCUGGAAUAUGGCGUAGCACCUGGUAGGUUGCAGGAAUAUACCUAUGCGCCGUCAAUGGGAUUUGAAUCUAAUGUUCGGAUAAUACCUACGUCUCCCUCAUCCUUCCUACGACCGGGCAGUAAAUUCCACGGCACACAACAGUCUGAACGACAGGUGUAUGAUGUACAAGUGGAAAUUAAAUAUGUUGACCUAAGAGAGUCGUUUCUAUGCGGGUUUCUCAAGAUUCAAGGCCUAACUGAAGACAACCCCACCCUUACAACCUACUUCGAGGGCGAGAUUAUUGGUAGCAAGUAUGGGUUCAUGACCAAGCAUGCAACCUGGGGCGCAACAGAGAAAAUCGACCUAAAUCAUUGGAGCAAGUUUACCGCUUUCCGACAGUACAGCAAGCAAGUGCGCAAGGGUGUCGUGACGAUCCCGAACUUGGCGCAACGCGAGAACAUCUUUAUGCGCUGGAAGGAACACUUUCUCGUACCCGACCAUCGUGUUCGUACCAUCAAUGGUGCCUCUUUUGAAGGCUUUUAUUACAUUUGCUUCAAUCAGAAGGAAGGUAGCGUUAGUGGAAUAUAUUUCCACUCCAAGAGCGAGAAGUUUCAACAACUCGAACUUAAGCAUGUCGAGAAUAGGGGCUGUUUCCCUGCUCUCGAGUUUCGGUAA